UCUCCUCCGCGCCCGUUUCUGACAGUUAAGCAACCAAACCUUCACCAACAUGUCGGACGACGCCGCCGUUGCGCCCGCGGAGAACAACGUCAGCGCCCCUGCAGAGAAAAAGAAUCGAACCAGCACGGUCUCCCGAGCCACGGCAGAAGGUGAGGCACUCCUCAAAGAGAUGGGAUUUGAGGACAAGGAGACCCCAGGCCGGAGGAGAACCAGGGCUGCCAUAAGGGGGGACGUAUACACUCCGCCUGCAAAGAAGGAGAGGAAAGCCGCAACACCGGGAAGUGGGCGUAGAGGACGUCCCCCGAAGAAGACUGAAGAGAAGAAAGAAGAAGAACCGGCAGCUGAAGAGGAAGAGAAAAAUGAGGAGGAGGAAGAGAAGGUAGAAAAGGAGAAACCAGCUGCAGAUGAAGAGGCCGCUGAGGAAGCCAGUGCAGAUGGAGAAGCAGAUGCAGAAGAGAAAGCCGAGUGAGGGGAAUCCCAAGAGAGCCAUGGUACAAAUUGUUUACCUGAUGAUUCUACAAGUACACAAUAAGGUUGUAAGGUGUUUGUAAGGCGCACACACAGGUGGAGAGUUAAGUUGGAGGGCAGAGGGAGGGGGGAGGGAUAGAGUGGAGGGAACUUCAAAUGCAAGCUCACUACAAGUCAUGGCCAGAGAAUUAUCUGCUAAGACUGUAAUUUUGUGUUAAUGUGGAUUUCAAUCAGGUUGUUUUUAGUUACUUUGAUGUGAAAUGAAGGUAGUUCUGUGGCAUCUUUAGAAGUGGUAUGAUUUUAUGCAUGGUAAGUUUAUACUUUCCAGCUUCAAAGUAAUAUGCAAAUUCAGGUACCAAUUACUGUCCAUAAAUCACUACAUUACACACAGAUGCACACACACACACACACACACACACACACACACACACACACACACACACACACACACACACACACACACACACACACAUAUUGUAUAGGCACUAAUUAACUAAGAUACACAAAGUUCUCCUUGUUUUUUUAAGAACAGCUGAUGCAAGCUUGCAUUCAAAAGUUGGUUAAGAUCAUACUAAUUUCACCUGAUGCUCAUUAGAAUGAACACAAAUAGUGCUUAAUUCCUGUCAGAUGUUUGAUUUUUAUGGAGUGCCAUAGAAAGUGUUUAAACCAGACUUGCCUCAAUAAAUGUUAAAUCAUUAAGAAAGCCAGUGAGUUAUCUAUUAUGACUUGUAACAAAUACAAAAUACCUUCCAUAUUUCUACAGAUGGUUUAGCUUUCAUUUGUAAAUAGAACACUUAUGCUGAUAGGAUCAUAUCAGUCCUGACCUGAUCUAUAUGGGCAGCUGGACUUUUGCAGUGCCACUAAUAAUUCCUGUUCUUCAAAUGCCAAAGGCUACACUUUGCAUAUUAAGGGAACUUUUAAACACCUCGUGGCAUUUAAACAUCUUCCAAUAUUAUCUUGGAACAGUAAACUAAAUUUGUGCAAUCAUAUUUUAACUGUGGGUGAUUGUGUUGUAGUAGAUCACCUGAAUAUACAUUUUUCCUCUUA